CCCGCGCCGCGGGACGCGCCGCCCGAGGGACACGCUCGCCGCGCCCGGCUCCGCGCAGCUCCCGGCGGCGUGGGCGAAAACGCGCCCCGGCCCCGCGCACCGAGACUUUUGUCCCUUAGCGUUUGACACUGAGUACCAAAGAAAUGGUGAUGGAGAAGCCAAGUCCCCUGCUCGUAGGGCGGGAGUUCGUGAGACAGUACUACACUCUGCUAAACAAAGCUCCUGACUUCUUGCACAGGUUUUAUGGCAGGAAUUCUUCUUAUGUCCAUGGAGGACUGGAUGCCAGUGGGAAACCACAAGAAGCAGUGUACGGUCAAGCUGAGAUACACAAGAAGGUGAUGUCACUGCAGUUCAGUGAGUGCCACACCAAGAUCCGUCAUGUGGAUGCUCAUGCCACUCUGAGUGAUGGGGUGGUUGUGCAAGUCAUGGGAGAGCUGUCAAACAAUGGGCAGCCAAUGAGGAAGUUCAUGCAGACGUUUGUGCUUGCUCCAGAAGGAUCUGUUCCAAACAAGUUCUAUGUCCAUAAUGAUAUCUUCAGAUACGAAGAUGAAGUAUUUGGGGAUUCAGAAGGAGAACUUGAUGAAGAGUCUGAGGAAGAGGUGGAAGAAGAGCAGGAGGAAAGACAACCAUCACCUGAACCUGUGCAAGAGAAUGCAAGCGGUACUUACUAUGAAAACCAUCCUGUAACCAAUGGGAUAGAGGAGGCACUUGAAGAAUCUUCUCAUGAACCUGAGCCAGAAUUGGAAUCUGAAACAAAAGCUGAGGAGCUGAAAGCUGAAGUAGAAGAAAAGACCCUUGAGGAACUAGAAGAGAAAUCUCCAUCUCCACCUCCUGUAGAACCUGUUUCGCUACCGCAAGAACCACCAAAGGCUUUCUCUUGGGCUUCAGUGACCAGUAAAAACCUGCCUCCUAGUGGUACUGUUUCUUCCUCUGGAAUUCCACCCCAUGUUAAAGCACCAGUCUCACAGCCAAGAGUGGAAACUAAACCUGAAGCUCAGUCUCAGCCUCCUCGUGUUCGUGAGCAGCGUCCCAGGGAAAGACCGGGUUUUCCACCACGAGGACCUCGGCCAGGGAGGGGAGACAUGGAGCAGAAUGAGUCGGAUAAUCGUCGGAUAAUUCGCUAUCCAGACAGCCACCAGCUCUUUGUUGGGAACUUGCCACAUGAUAUUGAUGAGAGUGAACUGAAAGAGUUCUUCAUGAGCUUUGGAAAUGUGGUAGAACUUCGCAUAAAUACUAAGGGAGUGGGAGGAAAACUGCCUAAUUUUGGUUUCGUGGUAUUUGAUGAUUCUGAGCCGGUCCAGCGAAUUUUAGUUGCAAAACCCAUAAUGUUCCGGGGUGAGGUGCGCCUGAACGUGGAAGAGAAAAAAACCAGAGCCGCUCGUGAGAGAGAGACACGCGGCGGCGGCGACGAGCGCAGGGAUAUUCGCCGCAAUGACAGAGGCCCGGGGGGGCCCCGUGGAAUAGUGGGUGGUGGCAUGAUGCGGGACCGUGAUGGAAGAGGACCUCCUCCACGAGGUGGCAUGGCACAAAAACUUGGCUCUGGACGAGGAACCGGGCAGAUGGAAGGCCGUUUCACUGGACAGCGUCGCUGAAAUCUCCACUGUGGGCAGACAGUCUUGGCAGUGGUACAUUAUCCAUCGUGUUUGCAUUCUUGUUAAUUUUUUUUUUGGCUUUGGAAUGUGACACAGCCCUUCUGAUCGUUUCUUUGAUGUGAAAACAUCCUUUGGUUUCCAGUUUAAAUUGAGGUGGACAUUCUUUCCCCAGUUUCACAACAGGAGUCACACUCUUAAUUUAUAAAUGUAGACUUGGAGAAUUGAGGACUAAAAAUAAGAAAAAAGAAAAAGAAA